AUGGCGCCCCGGCUGCCCGCGCGCUGCUGGAGGCAGCUCUCCCUCGUCGAGAGGUCAGCCACCCACACCACCACCGCCAACCCUCUCCUCCUCGCCGGCCGGACCACACCCACAACCGCCUCCUCGCCAUCGACCUUCUUUCCCUCCCUCCUUCCUCAGAUCACAAAGCGCGGCGUCAAGUACGGCUGGAGCACGCUCCCGAAGCGCAGCAGGCCCACACGAUUCAACCAGGUCACCCAAGGUCUUCCGGCGCCCACCUCCGGCCCGGCUGCCGCUCUCAAGCGCCGCGAGAAGACCACACCCCUCCGCACCGGCGUGCUCGCCGUCAAGAAGGGCAUGACCGUCUUCAUGGGCAAAACCGGCGCCCGCAUCCCCUGCACCGUCCUGCAGCUCGACCGGGUCCAGAUCGUCGCCAACAAGACGCGCGCCAAGAACGGCUACUGGGCCGUCCAGCUCGGCUACUACGAGGCCAAGGGCAUCCCGCCCAAGCAGACGCUUGCCGAGUUCAAGGUGCGCAACCAGGACGGUCUGCUGCCCGUCGGUGUUCAGCUGUUUCCGGACUGGUUCCACGUCGGCCAGCGGGUGGACGUCAGGGGCAUCACGCGCGGUAUGGGAUUCGCCGGUGGUAUGAAGAAGCACGGCUUCUCCGGUCAGGAGGCGUCGCACGGUAACUCCAAGAACCACCGCACCAUCGGUUCCGUCGGUGGUUCGCAGGGCUCCGGUUCGCGUGUGUUGCCCGGCAAGAAGAUGCCCGGUCGCAUGGGCGCCCAGCAGCACACGGUCCAGAACCUGCCCGUGCUGAUGGUCGACAACGAGCUCGGCAUCGUGGUGGUCAAGGGCGCGGUCGCGGGCCACAAGGGUGCGGUUGUCAAGGUCCAGGAUGCCGUCAAGAAGGCACCCCCUCCCGAGGAGUUUGUCGAGGCUACCAAGCAGCUCAUCAACGAGCGGUUCCCCGAUGCGGAGGAGAAGUUGCAGGCGGCGAGGAAGUUGCACAUGGAGCUCAAGGAGGCGAGGAGACAGGGCCUGAUAGAUUCGCUCAUCAAGAAUGGGUUGACUGAGAAGGCGGAUGGCAAGGUCGCGGUUGAGGCUUCGGCUUGA